UUGACCAUCGAGAUGAGCGAGGAGGUGCUGCUGUUCCUCGCGCCAGCGAUCAAGUACAUCUUGGAGCUGCUCUUCGACCCGCUCGUGUUCAGCGUGAUCGCGGUUUCCCUCUUCCUGUACAAGUUGCUUCCGACGACGGACCCUGUCUUGCCUUUGAGCCAAAUGAAGAAGGCGAAUUUUCAAGCGCGGUCGCAUGUAUUCUCCACGGACUUGAAACUCGUGGUGGGCAGCAAGACCGGGCCUGAUGGCAAGACCCCCGUGUCCGGCAACGUGGCGGGUCGUCAAGUAUGGCGUCCCAAAGGCGACGUUGUCGAGUUGCCUGCAUUUUCCGCGAGUGAAAAUCCGAACGCAGGCGACAAAUUGCUGCGGAAACUGCUCGUCGAGGGCAAAAAAAUACCUUCGGGUGGCAACGGCGGCAAUAUUGACAAGGCGCUGCGCCAAGCGGUGGACUACUACAAGUUAUUGCAAAGCGAAGAUGGAUCGUGGCAUGGCGAUUACGGUGGCCCGAUGUUCCUCCUACCAGGGCUGGUGAUCACGUCGUACAUCACGGGUCACGACUUGGGCAAGUCGGUCAGGGACGGCAUGAUUGUAUACCUGCGCAACCACCAGCAGUACGACGGUGGGUGGGGCAUCCACAUCGAAGAAGGGUCGACGAUGUUUGGCACCGUGUUGAACUACGUGGCGCUGCGCCUUUUGGGCGCGGCGGCCGACGACGAAGCGUGUUUGGAAGCGCGGACGUUUAUCAAACACCACGGCGGUGCAACGUUGGUUCCGUCGUGGGGCAAGUUUUGGCUUGCCGUGCUCAACGUGUACGACUGGCGCGGCGUGGACGCGUUGCCGCCCGAGAUGUGGCUCCUCCCGCGGUGGUUACCGUUUCAUCCGGGCCGGACGUGGGUCCACUGCCGCAUGGUGUACCUUCCCAUGAGCUACCUCUACGGGAUUCGAUUCCAAGCCAAGGAAACGCCGUUGAUUCAAGCCAUUCGCGACGAAAUCUACACGACGCCGUACCAGAGCGUGAGCUGGCGCAACGCCCGCGGCGCGUACUCGAAAAUGGACGAGUACCACACGCCGUCCCCGAUCAUCCGCACCCUCAAUUACCUCCUCUCCUGGUACGAGCUGCUCCCGACCGUCACGUCCUUGCGCAAGCACGGACUCGAAUACACACUUGCUUUUGUCCGGGCUGACGACGAAGAGUCCAACUAUUGCAACAUUGGCCCGGUCAACAAGAUGAUCAACAUGCUUGUCCAGUGGGUCGUCGAUCCAGACUCGGACGAAUUCAAGCGGCACGCCCAGCGCGUCGAAGAUUACAUUUGGGUGGCGGAAGACGGGGUGAAGAUGCAGGGCUAUGUUGGUUCGCAAACGUGGGACUCGAGCUUUGCCGUCCAAGCGUUUGUCGAUGCUGGCGUCGCCGCCGACCCUGCUUUCCAAACUACGUUCAAGCUUGCUUAUCGUUUUCUCACGGAAGCUCAAAACGUGCACGAUCCGAAGGAUGCUGCGACUUGGUGGCGCCGCGUUCAAAAAGGCGGGUGGGGCUUUGGCAUCGCGUCGAAUGGUUACCCUGUGUCAGACUGCACGGCGGAAGCCGUGAAAGCGCUCUUGUUGAUGGAAGAACGCGCCAACCUUCCUGCCUUCCCGGACGACCGUCUACGCGAUGCUGUGGACUUUAUCCUUGCGCUGCAAAACUCGGACGGUGGGUUCCCGCCCUACGAACGCAGUCGAGGCUUUGACUGGUACGAACACUUGAACCCGGCGGUUGUGUUUGGCGCCAUCAUGCACGACUAUUCGUACGUCGAGUGCUCGUCCUCGUCGCUGUCGGCGCUUCAGGCGUUCCACGCUCGGCACCCGACCUACCGCCCCGAAGCAAUCAAGCGCGCAACAACCAAGGCCGACACGUUCAUUCGGUCGCUGCAGUACCAAGACGGAAGCUUCUUUGGCAAGUGGGGGGUGUGCUACACGUACGGCACGAUGUUUGCCAUCAAGGGCAUGCGCGCGGCGGGAGCGUCCGACAAGGACGAAGAUGUCCAAGAUGCCGUGUCGUUCCUAGUCAACAAGCAGCGCAACGACGGUGGAUGGUCCGAGAGCUUUUUUGCGUGCUCGACUCGUCGAUACUUGGAAACUCCGUCGAGCCUCGUUGUCAACACGGCAUGGGCGUUGAUCGGUAUCAUGAAAGGCAUUGAAGGCGGCGACCCCCAAAUGCACGUCAAGGAAUGGGACGCCGUCAAGAAGGGCAUUGAGUUUUUGGUUGCCAAGCAACUGCCAUCGGGAGAUUGGGCGCAAGAGCGCAUCAGCGGCGUGUUCAACCGAACGUGCGGCAUCACGUAUGCCAACUACCGCAACAUUUUCCCGAUUUGGGCAAUUGGGCUGUACCAAAAGCUGCAACGCACCAAGUAAACCCAGUCG